AUGUCGGAAGGCCAGGUGCUGAAGCCCGACAAGGACUUCUCCAAGGAGGUUGACAAACAGCUUCCUGAAGCUGAGCAGCUUGCCAAGACAAAUGUGCAAGCAGCUAUCGAGAAACUGACAGCACUGGAAAAACAAACCCGACAGGCAUCAGACCUGGCAUCUACAUCUCGGAUUCUCGUCGCAUUAGUCACCAUUGCCAAAGAUUCAGGGGAUUGGGGUCUGCUUAAUGAACAGGUGCUGCUGCUAUCCAAGAAGCAUGGCCAGCUCAAGCAGGCUGCAACCAAGAUGGUGCAGACAGUGAUGGGCUUUUUAGAUUCAGCACCGGAUAUGGAAACAAGGUUAUCUGUCAUCGAGACCCUACGAACAGUCACUGAAGGCAAAAUUUUUGUUGAAGUCGAGCGGGCUCGCGUCACCAAGAUCCUGUCGGACAUCAAGAAAGAACAGGGCGAUCUGAAGUCGGCUACGGAUAUUCUGUGCGAGCUCCAAGUGGAGACGUUUGGGUCUAUGGAACGACGGGAGAAGACUGAAUUUAUAUUGGCCCAGGUUGCAUUGUGCAUAGAAAGCGAAGACUGGACGCAGGCAGGGAUUCUGAGUCGGAAAAUCAGCACGAAAUAUUUGUCGAGAAAGCCCAAGAAGAGCCAGGAGCAGCUAGACAAGGAGAAGAAGGACCGUGAAAAGAAGAGAGAAAAAGGAGAGGAUGUACCGGAGCCCGUGCAGGACGAUGUUACGGACCUAAAGUUGAGAUACUACGAGCAACAGAUUACUCUGGCGAAGCACGAUGAUAAGUAUCUCGAUGCUUGUAAGCACUAUAGACAGGUUCUGGACACUGAAGCAGUGGAGGAGGAUUCCCAGAAGCUUCAAUCGAUCCUGCAAAGAAUCAUCUAUUAUGUUAUCCUCGCCCCAUACGACAAUGAGCAAUCUGACCUCCUCCACCGCGUCCACAAAGAUAGCCGAAACACCCAAGUCGCCUUAGAUGCACAACUCCUCAAACUCUUCACCGUCCACGAGCUCAUGCGAUGGCCAGAGGUCGCGAAAGUCUUCGGUCCUCACCUCUGCAGUACCGACGUCUUCGAUGCCCAGCCCGGUCAAUCCUCAGACCCCAAGGCCAAUAAGCGAUGGGAAGAUCUACGCAAGCGUGUUAUUGAACACAACGUUCGUGUGGUCGCAAAAUACUAUACCCGAAUCCAAAUGCCCCGAUUGACACAACUUCUUGACUUGACUGAAGACGAGACGGAGAAGUACAUCAGCGAGCUGGUCACAGCGAAGACCGUUUACGCGAAGAUCGAUCGGCCCGCACGCAUCGUCAAUUUUGCUAAGCCAAGAGACGCGGAUGAUGUUCUGAAUGAGUGGAGCGGGAAUAUGAAGAGUUUAUUGGGAUUGUUGGAGAGAAUUGAUCACUUGAUCACCAAGGAGGAAAUGAUGGCCCGGAUUCAGCCGACGAAGGCCCCUAAGGGGUCAAAAGCCGGAAAGGCCCAUUAG